AUGUUAUAAUUAAGAAAGCUUCCAAAAUUUUUAUUUUGUUAAAAUUAAAACAUUGAUAAGAAAAAUGUGACAGUAAAUAUGGAAUAGAUAAAAUAAAGAAUAAUGGAUAGAAAGACUGAAUUGCCAUUUAAGGAUCCUUCAAUAAAUAAAGUCAGAGAAUUUUAUGAUACAAAACAAAAUAAAAGGAAAACAGAAUAUAUAUUUGAUUUUAUAGAGCCAAGUUUGCAUAAUAAGGGUGUUUUAUAAUAAGUAUUUGGAUUGGGUAAUGGAUAUUUUUCAGUGAAUGAUGUUUGGUAUCCAGGAAGUAUAUUAAUAUUUCCUUAAUAAAUAUUUUUAUGGGAUGUAUAGACAGCAGGUGAUAUAAGAGCACAUAGUUUUGAUAUUUUGGAAGUGAUAAAACCAAGACCAAGUAAAGAGUAUGAUAAAUAGAUUAGGUUAUGUUUUGAUAGGGACAGGAAGAGAGAAACAUAAUUUACCAGAUUCUUAUUUUGAAAAGUUUAGGAAAUUUGGUAUAAAAGUAGAUGUUGUAGCAACAUUUGAAGCAUGCAGUCAUUUUAAUUUUUGUAGUGAAGAAUAAAGAGAUGUUUGUGCAUUUAUGAUUCCUUAAAAUUUAUGAAUUAAUAUUAAUAUAUA